AUGGCUACCCCCAGUGUCCUUACCUUUGAUGCUGAGGGCCGUGCCGUUGACUUUGAGGUAUGGGUCGAUGAUCUCCAGCUGCUCCUACCGUGCGAUAGGGCAGACGGACUCUCUCUGUUCGAUCUCACCUCUGGUGUUUCUCCCGCCCCACCUGCUACUGCUGACAGCACUGUUCGCUCACAGUGUGCAACACGCGAUGCUGAUGCUCGCCUUGCUGUGCGUCGCCACUUACCGACCGCUGAGCGUGCGCACUUUAGCCAGUACAAGAGUGCUAAGACCUUGUACGACGCUGUAGUUGCACGCUACUCCUCCCCUGCCACUGCUGCUCUUAGCCGCCUCAUGCUGCCGUACCUGUUCCCUGACCUUACUGCUUUUCCCACAGUCGCUGACCUUAUCACUCACCUUCGCAGUAGUGACAUUCGCUACCGCGCUGCGAUUCCUGCUGAGGACCACUUCCUCUCAGUUUGCCCCACCACACUCACCAUCGACCUCCUCGAGGAGCGCCUCCUAGCAGCAGAGAAGAGCAUAGUCGCUGUAGGAGCCUCUCGUGGUGACCCUCGCACCCCCGUCUUUGAGGGGUGUUCCCCCUCCCCCCUCUUGCCCUCUGUUGCUUCUGCUGCUGCGGCCGACCUCGUUGGUUUCGAGUCGGUCGCCGCUGCGCCUGCCCCAAGCGGGAGACGCCGCACCGGCAAGGGCAUGGGGGGCAAGGGCGCUGGAGGGGCUGCGGGGGUGGUGGAGGUGGUGGUGGGGGCAGUGGAGGGGGUGGGGGUGGUGGUGGUAGUGGUGGCGGGGGUGGAGGUGUCGGUGGCCGUAGUGGAGGCGAAGGCGGCGGCGGUAGCGGAGGGAGAGGAGGCGGUGGAGGCGGUGGAGGCGGUGGAGGCGGCGGAGGUGGCGGAGGCGGCGGAGGUGGCGGAGGCGGCGGCGGCAAAGUAG